UAAUUAAGCAAUUAAUUCCUUUGCCGGCCUUUCCCACCGCCGGACACCAUUACCAAACGCUUUCUUUUGUUUCAGAGGAGAAGUCAGAGCAGCUCCCACCUUCACCGCACCAUCUCUCUUCUCGAUCUAGUACCACCCAACCAAAAGCUUUCCGCCGCCAGAGUGCACUGCCCGCGUCCUCCACAGUCCUGACUGAACAACAACAUUUCCCUCUCUCCGCCGUACGUACUUCACCAACAUAUAUAUAAUGGGUGCUAAUGAUUGGGAGGCCAGUACAUCCACAGCUCCAGCAGGCCUAACCUUUCCGCGGCCCGACCGGGACCCCACAACACCGGCCGCUGCCACAGAUCCAAGGGUAACAUUUCGGCUGCCGGAGCACGACGGCACCACACCGGACACAUAUAUCCAUCCCCUCGAUAUCUUAGUCGCGUACACUACACUACUCCUCCAUCCGAUUUUUAUUUUCUUUUUCUUGCUAAAUAUGCAUGUAUGUUGACGUGCAAAAGUGAUUUUUAACACUAGAAUUAAUAUUGCUCUUCUCCUAUAAUAUAUAAUAUAUGGAUCAGAUAAUAAAAAAAAAGUAUGUGUAGAGCUUAGCUAGCUAGCUAGCUAAUUAGCCUUUUCUCGAUCAAUUUGUUAAUAUUUUAGCUAGCUACCGAAAUAUAAUUAUUUGUAAAUGAUAGUCUUUUUCAAACAAAUCUAGUUUGGUUGUAAAAAAAAUUUGUUGCAAAAUCUAUUCUACUUUUUAUGGUUGUAGUGUGACUUUGUUCUUCUUCUAGCUACCUUAACCCCUUCCCUUCCCUUAAUGUAUCAAUAAAUAAUGUAUAUGUUGGUUUUGCAGGCGAGCAGGUUGUAUGACAAGUUCCGCAUCAUCAACUUCAACUCCACCAAUGGCGGCGGCGGCUAAUGAUCGAAUUCUAAGGGUAACAUUUCGGCUGCCGGGGCAGGAGACCAGAACACCGGCCGGCGCCACAUAUCUCCAUCCCCUUGCUUCCUUAAUCGCGUACGUACACUCGAUUCGUUUUUUUUUUUUCCACUACAUUUUCACUUAAUUUCUGUAUAGAUCGAGUAUUGAAUAUAUACCGUAUGUUGACGUACAGAACAGAUUGCAACACUAGGAUGGAUGCUAUUCUCCUAGUAUGGAUCAUCAGUUAAAAAACAUGUAGAGCUAGCUAGUUAGCUACUUGAGCCUAUUCUCAAUCAAUUUGUUAAUAUUUUAGCUACCAAAAUAUAAUUAUUUGUAGAUUCACGCAAGCUUUCUCGACAAAAAUUAGUUUGGUAGUAAAAAAAAUUCUCCUUGAAUUUAGUUGUAAAAUUUUUGGUUGCGAAACCUACUCUAAUAUUAUACAUGUGACUUUGUUGUGUGAUAGAUGUUGGUUUUGCAGGCGAGCUAGCAGUAUCAUUGGUUCCCUCUCUACCAUUUGCCACAACGUGGCCAUGUUUUGCAACGAAGGAUGGUGGGUAAUAAAGCCUUCGUCAAUGACUACAUUAGCCCUAGCAGCGUCUUUCCCGUUUUUCUUGUACGGAUACGGUAAGUAAUUUAGAUCCAAGAAUUAAUAAAUUUUGUUUCGAUUAUUAGCUUAGCUUAGCUUAGAUACGAACCCAUAAAAUUCUUUGCGGGAUUUUCAACUUUAUCGGUGCAAAAUCCACUUUGCAAAGAUGGAACAUGCAGUUGUUGUUAAUUAUUAUAUAUGCGUUUCCAUACAAAUUUUGGGUUCAAGGUUUGGGCUGUACCUGUACGUAGUGUUAAUUUUGAUCUUGGCCUCUGAUGUGUUGUAGGCGUUAGGCCUUGUGCACCUUAUGACCUGUACGUUAUUUUGUUCAUUUCUGUCCUUUGGAAACAACCCAGCUCAGACUCAAUGAGUAAUGACUAAUAAGUUAAAUAAAGACGUGCAUGGCUCAAUAACUAUAAAUAAAAUGGAUGGGCAUUUGCUGGACCGAAUCAAUUAUUCGGUCUUAGUAACCAAAUAAGGUCCACACUCGGAUCGGAAAUCUGUCCAGUGCUGGACAAUAGCCAUUGUUUGGUUCGAAAUAAUCCAAAUUGAACCAUCAAAUUCCUAACCAAUAAACCGAACCACCCACCAGACCUAAGUCUAAGUGUAAGCCCACUGCCACACUAUCUCGGGCUAGUCGUCCUACCCUCCCAAACACAGUCUGACCCACACUUCCUCCAGCCCACUAGGCCCGGCCUCAGCCCAAAUCUAAGCCUAACAAGGGUCGGUGCCGGGAUACAGUAACAGGAGUAUGAGAUUGGAGGAGUUGGGAGUUAGGAAGGGAAAUCGAAUUGGGAAAGUGAUAAGAUAGAGUAGUUUGGUGGUUCAGUAAAAACCAACCGUUAUUGCUCGAUGAAUAAAUUAUUGGUUAUUGCUCAAUGCAUGCAGACAUGGCGAGCUCCGAUUGGGCAGAUGCCGUUUGGCACGACCUGCACCUCACUCACAGCCAGAUGUCAUUCUACAUGACAUACGCGGGCAGGCUGUCCUACGCUGUAGGCGCCUUUGUCGCCGGAGUGGCAGCCAACCGGUACGGCAGGAAGUACAUUUUUGUCGUUGGAGGCGUGGUUUACGUAAUAGUAAUAGGGGCGUUGGUCGCGGCCUUCACCACCAACUUUGUUGCGUCGUGGUUGGGACGUGUCGCGGGUGGUUCCGGCGUUGGGAUGGGUCUCCUUGUGGGACCCAUGACCCAUCUACAUCGCCGAAACAGCACCCUCGACUACUCGUGGUUACCACGGUACCUUUCCUCAGGUAGUUUUACUUAAUUAAUUUGUUAUAGUUUUCUCUCUCUCUCUCUCUUAACUAGAACUAGAAUGCGAUGCUAAGUUAAUGUAGUAUGUAUAGAGGUGGCAAUUGGAUCGGAUUUGUGGAUUGGAUUGGUGGAUCAAUGGAUCAAAUGAAUUGGUGGAUUCAUGGAUUGGAUCAAAUGGAUUGGUGGAUUCAUGGAUUGGAUCAAAUGGAUUGGUGGAUUAAUCCAUGAAUCUAAAUGACAUCCAAGGCUUGGACCAAAAUGUAAAUUUUGAAAGGUUUAGGUACUAAAAUGUCAUGAUGAAAAAUCUUUAGGAACCAAAAUGUAAAUUUUCAACGAUAUUUUUUGUAUAAAAAUAUACAUUUUAGGUACCAAAAUGUAAAAUAUAAAAAAUAUAGAUACCAAAUCAUAAUUUGCCAUUUGGAUCCAUGGAUUGAUCCAUGAAUCCACCAAUCCGAUUGGAUUUGGAUCAAAUGGAUUGGUUAGGUGGAUAAUUUGGUGGAUGGAUUGGAUUUAGAGGUGGCAAUUGGAUCAGAUUCUUGGAUUCUUGGAUUGGAUUGGUUUGGUGGAUUCAUGGAUCAAAUGAAUUGGAUCCAAUGGAUUGGAUCAAAUGGAUUGGUGGAUUGAUCCAUGAAUCCAAAUGACAUCCAAGGUUUGGACCAAAAUGUAAAAUUUGAACAUUUUUUGUACUAAAAUGUCAUAAUGAAA